UGUGAGCAGGCAAAACACGCGCACGCUCUAUAUUGUAGGGUCUUUUUAAAGAUUAUCGUUCGCAGUAAGGAAAGCACGUAUACGGAUUAAGCCUGUAGUACGGCCGCCAUACACACAGUGUAAGAAUUAACGCAGAAUGAGCUAGAAGUUGAUGUUAAAGCUGAAAGAGAGGGAAGGCCACGAUCCACACACCCUUUACAGUACAUGCACUUAUGUACAGUGUAUAUAGCUCAUGGUGGCUUAUACAUGAAUACAGGCUAGUAACGUUGGGUUUGUUAAUCUUUGUGAAAUAUACGUCGGAUUUGGGUGUUUUAUGCCUUAAUAUCACGCAGGACCUUUGCGUUAGGACUAUACAUACUCGUAUAUAUAUAAUAUAGCUUCAGCCACAAGAUGACCUCGACGUACGAGUAUUCACGCUUAUACAAGAUCCUGGCGGCCACUCUGGUUUCCUUGGAAGUAAGCAUCUACAGCGUUAGCGUGGUAGGUUGGCAGUCUUUGGUGUACGUGUUCAGGGACGCUCAUUGUUGGAACGGGAGAAGAUCCGCUCUGGCCAAAAAAUUGAGAACAUUAACCGUGGGCGGGGCAUUACUGAUGGCCAUGGCAGAACCAGGAGCAGAAUGGUUGCUGUUUCCCGGGGCGUCCUUCCACUACCUAGGGGGGUCGAUGUUGCUCUCCACUGACAUCACCAUGCCCCUGUUAUUCCCCACGAGAAAGACGACGCUGCGCUCCUAUCUCAACGGAGCAGCCAGUAUGAGCGCGUUUAGCUUGUUACUGGUGAAGCUUGCCUAUGACAGUGGGAUUCAUUACCGUUCUUCCUUGAUCUGCUUUGCUGCAGUCACGUUCCUCAUUGCUGUUCCAACAACCUUCUUCCUCCCCCCGAGACAUUACGACCACAAGAAUGGCAUCCAAUCACAAAGUGACUCCAGAUUACACACGUGCACGUUUGCCGUGUGCAAAUGUUUCUAUGAGCGGUCGGAACCGCAUGUGAAAGAAAACGAUCACGCUCAUACAGAGGACACCACAACCAAUCUCAUUAACGCCCCGUCACAAAACUCCGAUGAAAAAGUCCAACAGGAUAGAAAUAUAAAAGGUGGUGACGUAAAAGAAGGUGGUGACGUCACUGUCACGUCACACGUGACCGGAAACACGACAUCUUUCCUGUCAAUCUUAAAAGAACCCUUGUUUUGGUGGUCAGAGCUGUGGUUUGCUGGCAAUAUCUUAUUGGUGACACUUUACUUUGGCAGUUUCAAUGCCAUUAUAGACUUCCGGUCCAACAAGAAUAUCCAACAAGUGAGUCUGUAUACGGACGUGGUGGGGUACGUACAACUGGUGGUCAGUAUGCCUGCCUCAGCAGCCUUGGGGUAUUUAGUGGACAGGCAGCAGAGGGCAGAUGCCAAACAUGGUAUUCCCCCCUCCCUCCCCAUGGUCUCCUGUCUUUUCUGA